UCAGUCACAACAUGACAAUGAGCUCGAACACAGUUGUGUGUGUUGCUCUGGCUCUUCUUCUGAGUCUAACAGGAUCUCUUGGUCAGCAAGAUGUGUGCGGCCAAAACUCACUUAACACCAGGAUUAUUGGUGGAGGAGAUGCCAUUGAAGGGUUUUGGCCCUGGCAUGUUAGCAUUUACAAUCUCAGAUUUAAUGUCAUUGUCUGUGGUGGGAGUCUCAUCAAUAAAGACUGGGUUUUGACUUCAGCAGGUUGCUCUAAUUCUAUAAAUCGCGCCGGCAGUUCAGACAUUAUAAUCUACUUGGGUCGUCUGAAGCGGUUUGGCCCAAACACACAUGAGGUUAAUAGAACAAUGAGUCGUGUCAUCACACAUCCUAACUAUAACAGCUCUACAUCUGACAAUGACAUAGCACUGCUCCAGCUCUCUUCUUCUGUGGAUUUCACUGCUCAUAUUAAACCAGUCUGUCUGGCUGCUGCUGGUAGUGAGUUUGAUGAAGGAAUUCAAAGUUGGGUCACAGGAUGGGGUGACAAUGGUUCAAAUCAAUUGCCAGACACAUUACAAGAAGCAGUGAUUCCAAUCGUCAGCAACUAUAAUUGUAGUUCUGCCUAUAAUAAUAGAAACAGUAUCACAGACAACAUGAUGUGUGCUGGACUGACAGAUGGAGGGAAAAGCUCAUGUGAAGGUGAUUAUGGAGGUCCACUGGUCACUAAGCAGAGCUCCAGGUGGAUUCAGGCUGGAAUUGUAUCUGGAUUUGGAUCUGAACAGUGUGACGGCAGUUUACCGAGUGUGUUCACCAGAGUGUCUAAAUAUCAAGACUGGAUCAACACUCAGAUAGUCAACAACCAACCUGGAUUUAUAACAUUCCCUUAUUAUAAUAAUAACACUUUUUAUCCUACUAGCUCUAUUCCUCAUAUCACUGAUGUUCCUGAUGUCACUGAUGUUCUUGACAUCUUCAGUGGAAGCUCACCUGCUCUUCACUUAUUUCCCUUUUACCUCACAUUCAGCAUCAUCUCUCUCAUCUUCUGUCCAUGAUUUCAGUAUAUUUGGUUGUGGUUAUUUGACAAAGAUUUACAUGAACAUUAAUUCAUUUUGCAGACACUGUUAUCCAAGUAAGAGAUCAUUCAACACUUUGUCAACAUGUUAAUAAGAACUGGUAGUUGACCAGGUCAUGUUACUAGAAAGAUAAAGUGAGCAAGGGAGAGAAUGAACAACAUGAAAGACAUUUUUUUAUAGACCGAGCUUGACAGUCAUUGGUUUCACCACAGAGGAACAGAAUGAGUGAAGAUUUUGUAAGUGAUUUGGUGUCUCGUUGUGAUGGAACAAACAGGCGUUGCUCAAUUGAUUAGAUUAGAUUCAACUUUAUUGUCAUUACACAUAUACAAGUACAGUGUAAAGAAAUGUAGUUUAGGUCUAACCAGAAGUGCAAUUAGCAAGUGCAGGAUAUACAGUGUGAAUAAAUACAGAAUACAAUAUUAGGAAAAUACUAUACAAUGGGAAUGUACUAUGAAAAAAUUACAGAGUGAAGAUGACGGGAGGAGAUGUCGACCUGCAGCAGGGAGUUCAGGUAAAAGGUGAUUUUUCUGUUAUUGUCCUGAAGGUCAAUGAUGAGGAUUUGAAUCUAAUGCAAGCGGAAACCAAAUUCUCUUUCCUUAAAAUAAGUCAAACAUUUGUGUUUAGGUAUGAAAUAUGUGUUUCUUUAGAUAAAAUAAUCUGCCAUAAAUUAAAGGGUGAAUGGUAAAAAAUAUUUUAUAGAUAUAAAUAUGUACUUUUUAGAAUUUGUACACAUUUGUGUACUUCACAAUAUAUUGUCAUUUGAUUUGGGAAAUUCUUCACUAUCUUUCAUCUCUUUGGUUAAAAACAUCAUUUGAGAGACUUUCUGGUUUAUUUAAAUUUUAGGCUCCCAGUCCUGAAAACAAUAUUUUAAAUAACAAUAUUCCUCAAAUAAAUCUACUUCUAUUGAAUCCUUUA